CCCUCGAUCGAGCUGCUGCUGCUGUGUAUGUAUGUACCUUGGCCUCUGCUUGGUCCCUCUUUUAAUUAUUUUUUUGGCUGCGACUUUUGUCGUGUUAGAGUUGGGUCAUGCCACCCAACAACUGCAACCUGUUCCUCAGUUAUCUACCAUGCAUAUCGCCGCAACAUCGAUUUACGUACGGCACCCUCUCAGCCUUGUUCCAUCGAGGACAAUGAACCCCUGCCUGGCGCUUGGCAUGCGUAAAAUUGGGGAUGUUCUCCUGUCGAUUCUUGGCCCCAAAACUGGUACUACGCCCGAAUGCUAAGGCAGGUUUUCCAUGACAACAGUAAUAGAAUGAAGAGCUUGCCCCUCCUCUUUAGGAGCCAGAGGGCAAACGGAACAAAGAAGGCAAUAAUGUUCAUCCGAUUCCAGCUCUUCUGCCCAGCUCAUUCAGUCAUUAC